AUGGCGCGACCGAGCGCGCGAUCGCGGCGUCGAUCGAUGGCGGUCAUCGCGCUCGCCCUCGUGCUCGCGCGCACCGGCGCGGCGCCGGGACAUCGAAAACGACGCGAGCGAGCGUUGCGGACGUCCUCGCUCGAUCGAGAGCUCGCGGUGAGGCGAGAGGAGUGCGCGCGGGAGUCCACGGCGCGGUCCGAGUGCGUCGACGCGAGCGAUCCGUCGCGCUUGGAAAAUUGUGCGCUUCGGUGCGCGAGCGCGAUGUGUUACGACGAGGUGUACGGGAGCGAUCCGUUGGAGGAGGGGGAGGUGGACGUCGAGCGCGGACGGGCGUAUCGGACGUGCGCGAGGGGCGAGUUGAGGAAGCUUCGCGGAUAUCAGACGUUCGGCGCCGAGUGA